AUGCAGUUUGCAGGAUCUUCCAAAGACGAAUUGUACUGGCAGAAUUACAGCAAUAUACUCAGCUGUACAGAGUGCGGUGGUACUAAACUCAUUCAGGACGACCACAACGCGACGAUCGUCUGUGAGAGCUGCGGGCUCGUACUGAUGGAGCGCCUGGCCUAUGAAGACCCUCCUCCUGAAGUGCUACAAGGAGAUGGGUCCCUAGAGGCAUACUGGACCUAUGGCAGUGCUUUGAGCCCUGAACUUCCGCAACAACCUAUUGGUUUAACUGAAGCGUCUAACGAAGUUCAACUUAGUGGGCAGCUCACUCCUCCUGCGCAGCAAAUGAGCAAGAAGGUGCCCGAGGAUCUGAAGGCCCCUUACCGUGUGAUCCAACGACUUUGCGAUUCGUGGCCAGCGCCCGAAGCUGCAGUCAAUCUGGCGAAGAAGUACUUCCAACAAAUUUCCAAGAAGGGUGUGUUGAAGAACAACAGAUCUGUACGGGCUACGGAGACGGCUGUUUGCGCUUUCCUGGCCUGCCGCGGGUCUUCGCAAGCUCGGACUUGUCAGGAACUCAAAAGCCUCCCCAGCAUCGCCCCGAAUAGAAUGGGCAAGCUCAUAUACAAGCUUGAGGGCCUCAUUAAGAAAAAAAAUGAUGGCAUCCAAUCAGCCUGGAUCACCUGCAACAUCGUUGACAGAUGUGGCCAAAGCGUAUUGUGCUCGUUUCGGGGCAGAAUUGCACUUCUGUGCCGCCCUACGAGUGGAAGAAACAGCAAAACUCUUGAUUGA